AACAACUCCUUUUAUUUAUUUAUUUCGAUGGAAGCGGGAAGUCUUCUCCACAGUCCCAUUCCAUGGAACCCCAAGCUCCCAGUGCGUCGUCGUAUUGGGUCCACUUUCCCGCGCUUCUUCUACUUUAGGGCAUUUUCCUCCUCCUCCUCCUCUUCUUCUUCUUCUUCAGAUUCACAGGGAGGUUACAGAGGGCCAAAGCCAAGGAGGGAUUGGAUCGCCGAUUGGGUAUCCAACAACGACGACAUCGUCCGGAGCUUGCCGAUUUACGUUGGAGGGGCGUCGCUGCUGGCUGUUCUCCUCAAUCGCACCGUUUCGGGCAUCGCUCCUGUUGCUGAUGCUAGCAGUUCACAGUCAAGAGCUGAUCUUUUGACACUUGGAUUGGCUGUCACCAAUAUCCUAACUGGUCUGGUGUGGCUGUCAAUCCGACCAAAAUCUGUAUCUGUGGUAAGUCCGCAAGGGGUUGAAUGUCGAAGAAUAUAUUCUCAUCUCCCUGAUUCUGUUGUUUCUGAGUUAAUAUGGGUUUGGGAAUCUCUGUCAGAGGUGACGUGCUGCAGGUCUCUAAUUGUUGUUUAUGAUAGCCGUUGUGUCCUUCAAAUUGGUUUUGCAGCUAAAUCUUCCAUUGUUGAUGCCGAGCCUGUGGCCGUGGAUGCCAAUAAACUAAUGCAAGGAUCACUCUGUCAGGGUGUAAUAAAAUCUGGGGCGCAGAGCUACUUGGCCAACCUAUCUCUUUAUCCUGGGAAGUCUGAGCUGCCAUUUCUGCCUUCAAAUACACAGGCAAUAAUUCUGCAACCACUUGGAGAGAAAGGAAUUGCAAUAAUUGGUGGUGACACAAUUAGGGGUUUCACAACUUCUGACCAGGCGUGGAUUGCAUUAAUUGGAGAGAAGCUGGAUGCUACACUUGCAAAGAAUGUUAAAAACGUCCCUUUGGCCGUGCAAGAUCAACUUUGAAAGAAAUACUGAUAUGAAGCUAACCAUUGUCAUAUGUGUAUAAGAUUGUUGUGGCCCUUUAAGCAAGGUUGUUUGCCUUAUCCUUUCCUUCAAAAUCACUUCAACACGCACUAGAUCGCACCCUCUCUCUAUUUGAGUGAACUGUACACGAGGACACUUCCAGACUUGGGAGAUAAGAGGGAUAUCAGAUUCAUUAGUAGUUCUGAGGAGUGAGUUUCAAAGCUCACCGGAGCUCGAGUUUGUGAAGCUAGUCUAGUACUUGUCCAUUUUUAGUUGCUUCUAGUUAUAUGCUUCACAAAUUUUUCGCUGAACUAUUCAGGGUGUUCAUCCGAUAUGGAGAUCUGUAAUAGGUCAAAUACUCAGGUUUAUAUCCUCCCAGUUUUUAAAAUAGAAUGAUCCUUUUUUGUA